CAUCAUCGGAGGGCCGUAGAAGCGCGACGAGGGAGUGGGAAGGAGCUUGGCGGUGCGUCCUCUCCCAUCCUCAUCGCCUUCCUCUCUCUCUCACCACCUGAUCUCAGAGCGAUCAAUGGCGUCCCUCACAGAUUAUGAGAAGACGAGGCUAGAGAACAUCAAGCGCAACCAAGAGAAACUUGCCUCUCUCAACCUCAAUGUCGAUGAACUGCGCCUUAACCUUCAGAAGCGGAAGGAGGUGAAAGGGUACAAGGCGUCUCCUAGCAAAAAACCCAAGAAGGAGAAUGCUCCGGUCGUUAUCAGAAGAUCUCUUCGGGCUAGAGGAAUUGCCCCCGAUGCCGUCCUCUCUAAAGGCCUCGACGACGACCUGCCCACGCCCGACCGGCACCAACCAUCUUUCCCUUCUUCUCCGACUCCUCCUCCCUACAAGCGCGAAACGCCUUUCUCCACAAAGGAAGUUUACGAAGGCAAAUCUGACGAGGGGGAGUUCAAGAAAACUGUCCUCGAUAUCUGCGAGACUACCCCUCUGGGUCGAUUCCGCGGUCGCGGGGAACCGAGGGAUUUGGUGGAUUCUUCUUUCAAGGUGGAGAAGUUGCGGUUGAAAGAGGAGAACAUAGCAAGGGUCGUAAGUGGUAGGAUUCUGACCGUGAAGUUCUUUCCGACGGAUCAACGAACCGUGGUCGUGGCCGGUGAUAAGUAUGGUCAUGUUGGGUUCUGGGAUGUUGAUUAUGGCGACGAAAAGGAGGGCGGCGAUGGGGUUUACAUUUAUUGCCCGCACUCAGCUCCUGUCUCAGGGAUUACAGUUCAGCCGUUUGCUUUGUCGAAGGUGUUUACCAGUGGUUAUGAUGGCUUUAUUCGUAUGAUGGACAUUGAAGAAGAGACCUUUCAUAUGGUUUACUCUACUUCUGAGGCAAUUUUUUCUCUUGCACAAUGUCCUAAUGAGAAUAAAUUGUUAUACUUUGCGGAAGGUUCAGGUGAAUUGAAGAUUUGGGAUAAUAAAUCAGGGAAGAUCACAACCUCUUGCCAUUUGCAUGAGAGUAGGAUCAACUCCAUUGACUUUCAUCCGAGCAGCACCAACUUAAUGUUGACAAGCUCAUCAGAUGGGACUGCCUGCAUUUGGGAUUUAAGGAAUAUCAAGCAAAGCCGGUCAAGGUGUAUAACUACUGUACGUCAUGAACGGGCAAUCCAUUCAGCCUAUUUCUCACCAACUGGAAGCCAUCUAGCAACCACAAGCUAUGACAAUCGAGUGGGAUUGUUGCGAGGCACUGAUGCUCGGGAAUUAAAAUAUGUUCACCAUAACAAUCAGACAAGCAGAUGGAUUUCCUCCUUCAGAGCCAUCUGGGGAUGGGAUGAUUCAUACCUUUUCAUUGGUAACACAAAGCGGGCAGUAGAUGUCAUCUCCACAAGUUCCAGAACCACAACGACCUUGGAGAGCUCCUUGAUGACUGCUAUUCCAUGCCGUUUUGCUGCACAUCCCCAUCUCCCAGGAAGCCUAGCAGGUGGCACCGGUGGAGGUCAGGUGUAUCUGUGGACGACUGGUUAAGAAAGCCACCACGCUGCUACUUAACCAUCAUUCUGUCAUUGAAUGAGUGCGGGUAGUGAGUUAGUAAGCAUGUGUUAGCUCAUAGGCUUUCUUUGAUGUUAGGUCUAGCUGAAGCUGUGUAAACUGUAAACUACUGCAGGUAAUCCUCCAAUGGUUUCUGAGCAAGUGUAUAAAUGAUAUUAUGGCCGUCUAGUGAAUUCUGGAAUGGUA